AGAUGUGGAACUGCUGUUUUAUGGUGUGGUGUAGUUUUGACAACAAACUGAACAAGUCCAACGAUAGCAGUUUAACUACCCGAAAAUACCGGAGUCGUCCCUAUGUCAGCAAUCAGGUCGUCAUUUAAUGGUUCUCAUAUUGUAUUGGAACUGCUGCUUCACGAAGCAGCAGCAAAUGGUGACGAUAGACGAAUUGAAGAGCUUCAAUCUUUCAUAAAACGUGGAACGAUUUUGAUCAACGUAACUGACGAAGGAUGGGGAAAUAGAACUCCAUUGCAUUGUGCUGCUGAAAGAGGAAACUCGAGGUGUGUAAAGCUACUGUUGGAAUCGGGAGCAAAUCCUUACUCACGAAUGACUGGAGGCUGGACACCAGCCCAUUGUGCGGCUGAAGCUGGAAAAUUUGACAUAUUAAAAACUCUAAUACACCAUGGCACUGAGAUCGGCAUUGAGGAUGAUUUCGGGGAUAGCCCUCGAAACAUUGCAGAAAUUUAUGGCCAUGAAGAAUGUGCUCAACUAUUACAAAGGUGUGCAAUGUUUACAAAAAGAGCAAGGAAAUGA